AUGUCCAUUUCUUUCAAAGACAAAGUCGUGGUCGUCACCGGUGCCGGUGGUGGCUUGGGUAAGUACUACUGUUUGGAGUACGCUAAGAGAGGCGCCAAGGUUGUCGUGAACGACUUGGGUGGUUCUCUUUCCGGUCAGGGUGGUGACUCCAGAGCCGCCGACGUUGUUGUCGACGAGAUCAGAAAGGCUGGUGGUACCGCCGUUGCUGACUACAACAACGUUCUCGAAGGUGAGAAGAUCAUUGAGACCGCUGUCAAGAACUUCGGUACCGUCCACGUUAUCAUCAACAACGCCGGUAUCUUGCGUGAUGCUCAAUUCAAAAAGAUGUCCGCUCAGGACUUCCAAUUGGUCAUUGACGUGCACGUUAACGGUGCCUACAAGGUGACCAAGGCCGCCUGGGAACACUUCCGCAAGCAGGGCUACGGAAGAAUCAUCAACACUGCUUCCCCAGCUGGUUUGUACGGUAACUUCGGCCAGGCCAACUACUCUGCCGCCAAGAUGGGUUUGGUUGGUUUCGCUGAGACUUUGGCCAAGGAGGGUGACAAGUACAACAUCAAGGCUAACACCAUUGCUCCUUUGGCUAGAUCUAGAAUGACCGAGUCUGUCUUGCCUCCUCCUAUCUUGGAGCAGUUGGGUCCUGAGAAAAUCGCCCCAUUGGUCUUGUAUUUGACCUCUGAGGACAACGAGGACAUCUCUGGUCAGAUCUUCGAGGUUGCCGCUGGUUUCUUCGGCCAGAUCCGUUGGGAGAGAUCUGGUGGUGCUUUGUUCAAGCCAGACGACUCUUUCACCCCAGAGUCUGUUGCCAAGAGAUUCGACGAGAUCACCAGCUUCGACGAUGCUGGCAGACCUGAGGACUUGCAGGUUUCUCACCCAUUCAUGAUCAACAACUACGGUGUGCUUGCCAACCAGGCUAAGCAGCUUCCUCCAAACGACAACUCUGGCGUUCCUGAGGUGUCUUUGAAGGGCAGAGUCGUCUUGAUUACUGGUGCUGGUGCCGGUUUGGGUAGAGACUACGCUUUGGCUUUCGCUGCUAAGGGUGCCAAGGUUGUCGUUAACGACUUCAAGGACCCAUCUAAGGUCGUUGAGGAGAUCAAGGCUGCUGGCGGUGAGGCUCACGGUGACACCCACGAUGUUGCCAACCAGGCCAAGGAGAUCAUUGACAAUGUUGUCGGCAAGUACGGUACCAUUGACAUCUUGGUCAACAACGCCGGUAUCUUGAGAGACAAAUCUUUUGCCAAGAUGUCUAACGAGGAAUGGCAGCUCGUCCAGAAGGUGCACUUGAACGGUACCUUCGAGUUGACCAGAUUGGCUUGGCCACACUUCCUCGACAAGAAGUACGGUAGAGUUGUCAACAUUACCUCCACUUCUGGUAUCUACGGUAACUUCGGCCAGGCUAACUACGCCACCGCCAAGGCUGCCAUCAUUGGUUUCACCAGAACCAUUGCUAUCGAGGGUGCUAAGAACAACAUCAAGGCUAACGUUGUUGCUCCUCACGCCGAGACCGCCAUGACCUUGACUAUCUUCCAGGAGUCUGACAAGAACUUGUACCCACCUAAGUUGGUCGCUCCAUUGUUGAUCUUCUUGGCUUCCGAGCAGGUUCCUGUCACCGGUGAGUUGUUCGAAGGUGGCGGUGGCUGGAUCGGUAAGACCAGAUGGCAGAGAGCCAAGGGUGCUGUCAGCAAGGACGCUGUCACCACCGCUGAGUUCAUCAAGGAGCACAUCGGUGAGAUCACCGACUUCUCCUCUGGUACUGAGAACCCAGCCUCUACCACUGAGUCUUCCAUGGCCAUCUUGUCUGCUGUCGGCGACGACGAUGACGAUGAGGACGAGGAUGAUGAGGACGUCGAGGAGGAAGAGGAAGAUGACGACGAGGACCCAGCUAAGAUGCCAGACCCAAUCUUCAGCUGGAACGACAGAGACGUCAUCUUGUACAACCUCGGUGUCGGUGCCCACCGUAAGGAGUUGAAGUACGUCUACGAGAACGACUCUGACUUCCAGGUGAUCCCAACUUUCUGCCACUUGCCAACCUUCAACACUGUGAAGUCGCAGGUGACUUUCUCCAGAUUGUUGAGAAACUUCAACCCUAUGCUCUUGUUGCACGGUGAGCACUACAUCAAGAUCAACAAGUUCCCAAUCCCAAUUGAGGCUGCCGUCAAGACUUCCUACUACCCAUUGGAGGUCACCCAAAAGGGCACCAACACCAUUGUUGUGCACGGUUCCAAGUCUGUUGACGAGUCUACUGGUGAGGAGCUCUUCUCCAACGAGGCCACCCUCUUCAUUAGAAAGUGUGAGGGUGACACCAAGCAGUACAACGAGAGAAGGACUUUCGCCACCACCCAGUUCAUUGCUCCAAAGACUGAGCCAAUCUUCACCAAGGACAUCCACACCACCGAUGACCAGGCCGCUCUUUACAGAUUGACUGGUGACAGAAACCCAUUGCACAUUGACCCAGCUUUCGCUGAGGGUGCCAAGUUUGAGAACCCAAUCUUGCAUGGUAUGUGUACCUACGGUUUGACUGCCAAGGUCUUGUUGGACGAGUUUGGUCUCUUCGACGAGAUUAAGGGUAGAUUCACUGGCAUCGUCUUCCCAGGUGAGACCUUGAGAGUCUUUGCCUGGAAGGAUGGUGACACUGUCAUCUUCCAGACCCACGUUGUUGAGAGAAAGACCAUAGCUAUCAACAACGCCGCCAUCAAGUUGGUUACCGACAAGCCAAACUUGUAA